AGCAGGGAGGAAGAAAUGCGCAUGCUCCAGUCGCUUCCGCGCAGGCCCCUCCCGUUUCCUAGCAACGCCGCGUCACGUGCGCCGCCGGCCGGCUUCCGUAGCGGGCGCCUGCGGGAGCUGGCGCGUGCCUGUGCGCGCGUGCGCAAGUGUGGCGACCGGCAUGCCCCGCGCUCGCCCCGCCCCUGCGUCGCCGCCGUGCGUGCGCGCGCUCGGCCCGCGCCUCCUCCGCCGGUUCUUAUAGCGGCCGCGGGCGGCGGCGGCGGCAGUUGGAGGCGGUGUCGCCGGCGGGGACGAGACAUCAUGGCGGCCGCGCGGCUCGUGCUGCUGGGGUUCGCGCUGCUGGGCGUCGACGGAGCCUCCGGGGCUGCUGGGGCAGUCUUCACUUCCGUAGGAAACAUCGGCUCCAAGACGCUCCUCACCUGCUCCUUGAAUGACAGCACCACAGAGGUCACCGGGCACCGCUGGCUGAAAGGGGAUGUGGUGCUGCAGGAGGAUUCGCAGCCCGGACAGAAGAUGAACUUGGAGGUGGACCCCGAUGACCGCUGGGGAGAGUACUCCUGCGUCUUCCUCCCUGAGCCCACGGGCAGGGCCAGCAUCCCACUCCGAGGGCCCCCCCGAGUGAAGGCUGUGAAGUCGUCAGAACACAUCAACGAGGGCGAGACGGCCGUGCUGGUCUGUGAGUCCAAGUCUGCGCCUCCCGUCACCGACUGGGUGUGGUACAGGAUCACUGACGCCGGGGACCAGGUCAUCAUGAACGGCUCGCAGAGCAGGUUCUUCGUGAACUCCUCGCAGGGCCGGUCCGAGCUGCACAUCAAGAACCUGGACAUGGAGGCCGACCCCGGCAAGUACGCCUGCAACGGCACCAGCUCCGAGGGCACCGACCAAGCCGUCAUCACGCUGCGCGUGCGCAGCCACCUGGCCGCCCUCUGGCCCUUCCUGGGCAUCGUGGCUGAGGUGCUGGUGCUGGUCACCGUCAUCUUCAUCUACGAGAAGCGCCGGAAGCCCGACGAUGUCCUGGAUGUUGGCGUCCUCCAUGAUGACGACGCAGGCUCCGCACCCCUGAAAGGCAGCGGGAAGCCCCUGAACGACAAAGGCAAGAACAUCCGCCAGAGGAACAACUCCUGAGCCAGGUGGCCCGAGGACACUCCCUGCUCCCAUGUCUGCUGCAACUGGAGCCCACUCCCAGUGCUUGCAAGAUUCCAAGUUCUCGCCUCUUAAACGAAAACCCACCUUGUAGAUUCCCACCGUACGCUUCCUUCUUUUUUUUUUCUUUUUGUCCCUUGAAAAGUAGGGUUUUGUACAUUCAGGACUUUGCUCUUAGGUUUUCCUCUUUAGCUGUUUCACGAGAGCCCACGGAGUUGCUGAGCUCCCGUCUGUGGCUCUUUGAGCUUCUGGGUCUGAGUCGUGGCGGGGUGGGGAGGCACCGCUUUCCCCACUGGCUCGAGUCAGUGCCAAGUCCUUGCCCUUCGCGGGGGGUCACAGGUCACCUGAGGGCCCGCGUCCUGCCUGCCUGAAGCCAGUGCUGUCUGGUCGCACCUUGCGCUUUGAUGUUUCAUUUCCUGAAGGCCCCAGGUCUGUGUGUGACUCAGCCUCAGGGACGACUCUGAUCUCUUGGCCACAGGGGACUUGCCUGUCCACACUGACGGCGACCCCGUCCUGGCCUCAGGUGACCCCCAACCCCUCUGUGUCUGUGCGUCCCAGGGCUGGCUGUCUGGGCAGCCCUGGAGGGGGUUUGCCGGGGAGCUGGUGUCGUAGCCAGGACUCUAGAACCGCAGAAGCCCCUCCCCAGCCUGCCCCUUGGAGGGCGGCCGGCUCGUCACAGCGCCAAGAGUCACGUGGGAACCCAACUCCCACCAACCACCACAAUAAAGAUGCCCCACCUUCACCCUC